AUGGCGGACGAACAACAUGUAAACAAAGAUGUUAUCGAAGAUGCCAGAGAAGAGAGGGGGCCAAUGAAAUCAACAAAGUUUACCGGCUACCAUGCAUUUUACAAGAGUGUUGCGGUACGUUAGUAUUUUUAUACGUACGUUAGUAUAUAUAUAUAAAGUUAAUACUGUUGCAUUAUUCCUUUGAAAUAUGUUUCCAAAUUAAGAAUGCCCCUGACAUAUAAAACCGGGAGUCUGUGUGCAUUAAAUGCUUCAAGCUUUAAUAUAAAAACUUGUAUAAAAUGCUGAAGUUUGUAGGAAUUUUGCACCUAAAUAAUUCCAUACAUCUACAUAAUAAUUCACAUGUGAUAUCACACAAACCACGUGACAAAUAGUUUAUAUUACUUCUACAAGUUAAAAUUACUUAGCUAUAUAAGUUUAUACUACUUAUAUUAUUUAUAGUACUUAUAUCAUUUAUAUUAUGGUGAACUGGGUGUCGAAACUGUGUGUUGAAACUGGGUGAUGAAACUGGGUGCUGGUUGAAACCAAGUAACAAACCAUACCGGUCAAGCAGAGAAAACUCUACUUGGCCCGGCUGGGAUUCCAACCCGCAACCUUCAGUUUGCUAGUCCGACGCUCUACCAACUGAUCUACAAGUAUGAUUGACUAGGGGAAGCAAAUCUUUGAGUUAAGCCCGCGGAGUUAAGCCCUUUUCGAGUUAAGCCCCAACCACAAUUUUUUAUGAAAGGUAGGCAUAUGGACAAAUACUGGUAAAUUUCUUCGAGUUAAGCCCCUGUUUUUCAGACUGCUUAACUUGAAGUACCCAACUCCAGUUAUGAACUUUGAGUUAAGCACUCAACAGAUAUGGGUGUGGCAUGGGCGUUGCUUAACUCGAAAAUGGCUUAACUCAAAGGGCUUAUAAACUCGAAGGGCUUAACUCAAAGGGCUUAACUCGAAGAUUUGCUACCCCUUUACCAGUAUGGUCUGUUACUCAGAUUCAACACCCAACACCAUUAUUCUCCACCGAUCGAGUACAAUUAAUUCCAACAACAGUUAUCACAGUUGUUUAUAUUAUUUAUAACAUACUAUUUAUCAUUGACAUUCAUCAAUAAAGUUAUAUAUUAUAUGGGUUUUAUGUCAGGGUAUUAUCACUGAGAAUCAUGUUGAAAAUACAGAUGGCAAGACUGAUUUAGGGAUGAUGAGUAAAGUUGCAGCCACCAUGUGGAAACGAUGCAGUCCUGAAGUCCGGAAGGUUGGUAUGCAAUCUUGGUAAACAUUCAAAAAUAUUUAUGAGACAGUAAAUGUCAGUGGCGUUAAGCCAGCUUGAUAAUUGGGGGGCACAUAUUCAUAUAUUCGUGUUCUGCAUUAUUCAAUUCUUUUGAAAUCGAUUGUUUUUAUGGUCUGUGAACAUGAAUAUAUGCCCCCCCCCCCCUAUGAAACCAAUACUAAUAAUGCUUUUGACAAAUUAACAGGACUGGAAAAGGCAAGGGCAACUUAUAAAAGAGGACAUAGAUUGUGGUAUUUUGGAACAUGUAUGUAAGAAGUGUUCAAAAAAAUUCAGUCGAGCAAAAGAUUUGGUAUAUCAUGAAAAGCAAUGUGGGCCAUGCUUGUGUGACUGUUGUG